AUGUCACGCCCACAUAUUCAACAAAUUCUAAUGGUACUCUCUAUCCUGCCAGCAUAUCACUUAACUCAGGCAGUUCCAUUUUGUAAUUUUGAAGACACCGUCGAUUUGAGCCAUUCCCAAAAAUUUGCCAACGGUUCAUAUUUAUAUGGUGACGAUUUAAUAAUACCGGCCGAACAGGUGAGCAUCUACGACUAUGAAAUUAUAUACGAUGGUGAUCGAAUAUCCCGCGAACCACAUCCACGUGGCUGUGUUUGUCGACCGGGUGAACGCAGCUGCAUCAAAUUUUGUUGCCAUCCGACGCGAGAAACAUUGUCGAACAGUAGCCGACAAUGUGAGGAAUUGUAUGAGGUGCCGAAAUUUAAUCACAACAUGAAGGUGAUAACUAUGAAUGGUACCCGACGUAUUGUUGACAUAACCAAAGAAUUUACCAUGGUCCUGGGCAUACCGUGUGACAAUGCCUAUCCCCUGAAUCCGUUGAUGAAUUUGCACGAAAAAUGGAAUCUGCUGGAGAAUGGUUCACUGGUACUCUACUAUAAUUUACGGAUUUUGAGUAAAAGUGAAUACUGUUUCAUGCCAGAGAUGCGAGAUGAUAAUGCGGCGUUUGGUGGCAGUCCAUGGGUGCUAAGUCCAAUGAUUUGUCCGUUAGAUAAACCGGUUACUGCUUCAAGACUGUUUAAUAAUGUGGCUGAUUGCAUAUCCAUAGUUUUUCUUGCUCUCACAAUUUUGGUUAUUUUGGUGAAACCGGAAAAGAUUAAUCUGCAGGAAAACAGUUUAAUAUGCUUUUUGAUUUCUCUCACCAUUGGCAAUAUUUUUGUGGCCUCAACAUAUAUUUCCGAUACCCAAUUGACGGGUGUGUGGUGCAGUAUUGUGGGAUUCUCUGGGUAUUUCUUUUCUGUGGUAUCCUUCUUUUGGUUAAAUGUCAUCUUCUUUGACAUGCUGAAAAGCAUUGUGAAUAGAGAAAAUCAUUUUGUUACCUAUUUGGCAUAUGGUUGGGGUGUUCCAGCUGCUCUCACCGCAGUAUUAUUGAUAAUACAGAACUCGAAUAUGCCGGAGAAAUAUAAGCCGGGAUUUGGCGAGGAUUCCUGUUGGUUUAAUG